AUGUAUAUCCAUCCAACAAAUCAACAUACAUCUUGUUUUCUUCAAAAUAUGUUUACAUCGAUGUCUAUUGAAAAAUGUUCAUUGUCUACUUUGUCAUCGACGAAAGCUUAUUCGAAAGUUGUGGGCGCUCCGAUCUUGAAUCCAACCUCACAAACAAUGUCAGCUCUAAGUUCAAAUCUUCUCACAGAUAAUCAAACGAAAACAACAUCACAACGUUAUAAAACUGAAUUAUGCCGUUCAUACCAUGAAACUGGCAUGUGCAAAUAUGGUGAAAAAUGUCAAUUCGCUCAUGGGUACCAUGAAAUACGUUCGUUCGAUCGACACCCCAAAUACAAAACAGUACUUUGUCGUACAUAUCACUGUACUGGCUAUUGUCCAUAUGGUCCCCGAUGUCAUUUCUUACAUGAUGAAUAUCCUGAAAAUUCACCAUGUAGUUCACUUACAUCUUCGAUUUCUCCAUCAUCCUCAAUUGGUAGUGAUAUUCGUUCUUCAGUAUCAUCAUCUCGUUCAAUUUCACCAAUGGAUUCACCCAUCUUGAAUUCCGAUGAUUAUCUCUUUCUUCCAUCGUUUUUACUAAACAAAUAA